AAAAAAAAGCAGACUCGUCUUUCCAAUCUUGAACACACAAACUCUCCCGUCACUAUCUCUCUCACACACUACAUUAGGGAAUAAAGAAGCCUUUCUAUCUUCUCAGAAAUUAAUAAAGUGGGUUGUGAGAUUGCAAAACCUAAUCUAAGAUCCUCCCACUCAAAGAAAGGAUUCAAGAUCAGUAGUGAACGAGAUCGUGUAAAAUGGCGAGAGAAAAGAGAAGGAUAAAGAAGAUAGAUAACAUAACAGCGAGACAAGUUACCUUCUCUAAGAGAAGAAGAGGAAUCUUCAAGAAAGCUGAUGAACUUUCGGUUCUUUGUGAUGCCGAUGUUGCUCUUAUCAUCUUCUCUGCCACCGGCAAGCUCUUUGAGUUCUCUAGCUCAAGGAUGAGAGAUAUAUUGGGAAGGUAUAAUCUUCAUGCAAGUAACAUCAACAAAGUGAUGGGCCAGCCUUCUCCAUAUCACCAGCAGGUUGAGAAUUGUAACCUCUCCCGACUAAGUCAGGAAGUCGAAGACAAAACCAAGCAGCUAAGAAAACUGAGAGGAGAGGAUCUUGAAGGAUUGAACCUAGAAGAGUUGCAGCGGUUGGAGAAAAUGCUCGAAUCCGGACUCAGCCGUGUGUCUGAGAAAAAGGGAGAGUUUUUGAUGAGCCAGAUUUCUUCACUUGAGAAACGGGGAUCGGAAUUGGUGGAUGAGAAUAGGAGACUGAGGGAGAGAGUAGUGACGAUGGAAAUGGCUAAAACGAUGGCGUUAAAGGAGGCUGUGGAGACAGAGUCGGCGACCACGAAUGUGUCAAGCUAUGACAGUGGAGCUCCCCUUGAAGAUGACUUCUCCGACACUUCUCUUAAACUUGGGCUUCCAUCUUGGGAAUAAUACGGCGAGAGAAGAGAGUGCGUGCAGGGUUGACUUCGAUGGGAUGAAACAAAUUGCAAGUCUUUCCUUUUCAGUACUCUUUUUUAUCCUUUGAAUAAGUGCUGAAAAAUAUUUGAAUGAAUUCUUGUCGUAUUGUGGAGACUGGAGCAAGUUUUUCACAUCGUGUUAUUUUUUUUAUUUAAAACUAUUUUGCACUGAAAAAAAAAACCCAUUGGAUAUCAGUAUUGUCUUGUAUUCUUUAUUGUCAAAACCCUCGUUAGUUUUGCCUUAUUAGUACUUUGUACUUUCA